AUGCCUCUUACACCUCCUGCUGAGCCGGACCCGGAACCAAAGAUGAACUGGGCAUCAUUUUAUGCUGUCAUCAGCGGUGUGAACAGACACUCCACCGGCAUCGGUCGCAUCUGGCUCUCUGUCCUGUUCAUUUUCCGCAUCCUGGUCCUGGUGGUUGCAGCGGAGAGCGUGUGGGGCGACGAGAAGUCCGGUUUCACCUGCAACACCCAGCAGCCGGGCUGCAACAGUGUCUGCUACGACCACUUCUUCCCCAUCUCCCACAUCCGCCUGUGGGCGCUCCAGCUCAUCCUGGUCUCCACUCCUGCCCUGCUGGUGGCCAUGCACGUGGCCCACCGCCGCCAUGUUGACAAGAGGCUCUACAAACUGUCAGGACGGGCCAACCCCAAAGACCUGGAGCAGAUAAAGACCCAGAAGAUGAAAAUCACAGGGGCCCUCUGGUGGACGUACGUCAUCAGCCUGUUGUUCCGUAUCGUCUUUGAGGUUACCUUCAUGUACGUGUUUUACAUGAUCUACCCCGGUUACAAGAUGAUCCGGCUGGUGAAGUGUGACUCGUACCCCUGUCCCAACACAGUGGACUGCUUCGUGUCGAGGCCCACGGAGAAGACGGUCUUCACCGUGUUCAUGCUGGCUGCGUCAGGGGUUUGCAUUCUGCUCAACAUAGCAGAGGUGGUCUUCUUGGUGGGGAAGGCCUGCAGCAAGCAUUUGCACAAUGCUGGAGACUCGACAAUGGGGGCUUGGAUCCAACAAAAGCUCUGCUCGUUCUAA